CCCGCGUCGCGUUAUCAACCCGCGUCAACACUUUAGCAUCCUGACAACUUCGCCCAUCAACUUCACCUCCGCUGUUGAAACCAAAUUACGCAUCACUCCAUACUGUGACUGUGGGAUUCUGGGCCCCAUCUGGUUCUCUUGAUCCAUGUAUUGUCGAGAAUCUGCCCCAUAAAUCGUCGCAAGAAUGACCCAGACAGAGGAAGAGUACGAUGAGGCGCAGGCGGGCGAUGAGAGCAUGACUGGCCCGGGCGCGCCCACGCCGCUGGCAGCUCUCGAGGGCCUCGGUGGUCUCACCAAGCGCGACAUUCAGCUCAUCGUAGAUGGGGGCUACAACACCGUCGAGUCUGUGGCGUACACGCCGAGGAGGAAUCUCGAGCAGAUCAAGGGCAUAUCCGAGCAGAAGGCAAACAAGAUCCUCCAAGAAGCAUCGAAGCUCGUGCCUAUGGGCUUUACCACUGCCACCGAGAUGCAUCAACGCCGUAGCGAGCUGAUUUCCAUCUCUACCGGCUCCAAGAAUCUCGACACCCUUCUCGCUGGUGGUAUCGAGACUGGCAGUGUCACCGAGAUCUUCGGCGAGUUUCGCACAGGCAAAUCGCAAAUCUGUCACACCCUGGCCGUCACCUGCCAACUGCCCUUCGACAUGGGUGGCGGCGAGGGAAAAUGUCUCUAUAUUGACACUGAGGGUACCUUUCGGCCCGUGCGCCUGCUAUCUGUCGCAAAUCGCUAUGGUCUAUCCGGCGAGGAAGUGCUUGACAACGUUGCAUACGCAAGGGCCUACAAUUCAGAUCACCAGCUGCAACUCCUCAACCAGGCUGCGGCCAUGAUGUGCGAGACCAGAUUCUCCCUUCUGGUUGUCGACUCAGCCACGUCGCUGUACCGGACGGAUUUCCUGGGCCGAGGAGAGCUCAGCAGCCGGCAGACACAUCUCGCAAAGUUCAUGCGCACGCUCCAGCGGCUGGCAGACGAGUUCGGAAUCGCCGUCGUCAUCACCAACCAAGUCGUUGCUCAGGUAGAUGGAGGCCCCUCUGCCAUGUUCAACCCAGACCCCAAGAAACCGAUUGGCGGCAACAUCAUUGCCCACGCCUCCACAACCCGUCUUAGUCUGAAGAAGGGCCGUGGGGAGACUCGUAUUGCGAAGAUCUAUGACAGCCCCUGCCUUCCCGAGGCUGACUGUCUGUUUGCCAUCCAAGAGGACGGCAUCGGCGACCCCUCUCCUAAAGACAUGGAGAAGAUGGACCGAUAGCUGAGUGAGACUGAGAAAUUGUUACACUGUGUGAGUCGCUGGCACGCUCGAGGUGGAUUCGGCUGCCUCGGGCAUGGUGGAACUCAGGGUCUAGGAUGGCGGGCAAGCCCAAGCAGGGAACGGGGAACGUUGGAGCUCUCAUUAUCAGAAUAUCUGCCUGGCUUGUUGGGCCGCCCCACAUGAUAGCUAGGCGCUGUCGAAUUUCGCUUUGGAACUUUUUCGUAUCACUUUACUUCGUAUCGCAUAGUAGGUAGGAGGAGACUGUGGCGCCGCCGAGCGUCUUGCAAUCAAGCUUCUAGGUCUACGACGAGGGUUUCGGAAAAGCGGUGUCCCUCGGCCCAAGUAUGGAUGCGUGUCAUCCUAUCGAGCACCCUUGCACACUCUUC